AUGAGUGCGAAGCUUCAAGCGAGAGAAGGAGACAUCCAAUUGUCCAAGCCCUUCUCCCUCAUCAUCCCAAAACCAGCAAAUAAAACGCUGCCAGGUGGAAAGUCGGACAACCCCUUCGAUUGGAUAACGAGGGUUGACCAUCUGGCUCGUCAAGAAGACGGGGCAGCCAAUUACACCGCCUCAUGCUGGUACUUUGCUGCUGCUCUUGAGCCAGCGAUUGCUUAUUUCGGAGCUCCCAACAUCAACACCCUUCACAUUGAGCAGUUUCUCGCCCAGAAUUUGUUCGACAAUGACCGUCAGUCGGAUGCUGUCAGACUGUUUAACGAUAUUCUCGACAAAUGUGCUCAAGUGAAAGCUGAGGGCGGGUGGAAUUUUCGUUACACAACCGUGGCCAAGUCUGUUAUUGGUUGCAGAUGCGAGUUCGCGCAGGGGUUUUAUGGCAAGCGCAGAUUUGGCAAAGCAACGGCUGAGUUUGAACAAAUCUUGAAAAUCUCCCAAAAUCUCCUUGGUAAGGAUGGCUUGACGGCUAAAAUUCAGAGCAAAGCCACCCAAGCGGCUAAGAAGAAGGCCGAGGCGUUGAAAGCAAAAAGUGUACUGUCCGACGCCUCAAACAGUUCAGCAAAUAAGGGCGAUCCGAACAAAGGAGAAAAGGUUCCAUCCUCGCCUAUAGUCACAGUCGCGAAGCCUUCUCAUGGAACUGGAAAGCGAACUUCGCCAGGUCCAGGGAAAGGUGAAAAGGGAAAAGGCAGCGCAUCUUCCGACGGAUCACGUCCACCUUCUCGCGACGAGGGAAAGAAGAAAGCCCCCAAGAAACCGGUGGAUGAUAACUCGUCGUCGCACAAAGACACCAAAGUGGGCAAAGGCAAUCCACCAGCACAGGGGAGUACCAGCACACAAACAGCAAAUGGACACUUGCAAGUUCCAGGGAAGCCUAGGUCCUCUAGCGUGGGUGGAAACCCGCGGAAACCGGAACAAAAGCCAGAUAGCUCGAAACUUACGCCUGGUUCAUCGACCAUUCAAAGAAGGAACUCAGAUGCAGGAACAAGUAGAAAGGUUGUGUACGGAAAGACUUUUGAUGCCGAGGACUCUGACGGUAGGCUCACACGCGUUGGUGAUCUCAAAUGGGAAGAUCUCAAUGACUGUCAUAAAGGAGUUUCGCUCUGGUCUCCAGAUAAGAUUAUCAAAACGCACGAUUUUCUUACAAACAAGUGCCGCAACAACACUCAAUACGAGGAUGGGAUCGAGUCUCGUAAGUAUAAACGACGUGUACGGAUUGCGAUACUCGACACUGGUAUCGACAUGAACCACCCAGAGAUCAAUGCAAGGAGGGAACGCAUUAAAGGGUUCCUUUGCCAAAUGGAAGGCCUUGAAAGCAAGGCCAACGAAGAUACUAGUGGACACGGAACUAGCACUGCUCUACUCCUGAUGCAGGUAGCGCCGGAAGCUGACAUUUAUGUUGCUCGAGUCUUCAGGGGAACGAAAGAUGUCGUUCCCGAUCAGGUUGCGCCUGCAAUUGAACAUGCGGUGAACUCUUGGGAAGUCGAUAUCAUCUCAAUGUCUUUCGGAUUCCCGUCAAGAUUGGCCAAAAUGGACGAUGCAUUAAAGCUGGCAGCCAACAAAAACGUGUUAUUGUUUGCUGCUGCUUCAAAUGAUGGGGCCAACGAAGAUAUUACCAGGGCGUGGCCAGCACGGGAUGACUCGAAAGUAUUUUGUAUUCACGCUACCGAUUUCAAGGGUUCGCCGUGGAGGGGAAAUCCCCCUAGUGAGAUCGCGACUUUUAAUUUUGCAACUCUCGGGGAGAACGUUCUGACUACUGGGAAACAAGGCAAGAUGGUUGGAAAGACCGGGACCUCUAUGGCCACUCCGAUUGCUGCUGCAACUGCUGCGCUACUGAUUGACUUCGCCCGAGUGCCCAGAAUGAAAGGGAAGAGAAUUCAACAUGUCGAACAUGUGGCCUCCUUCCUCGGAAUGAGGGCACUACUGCUGGCGUCAAGCACCAAGAUUAACGACGCCAACUUCAGGUAUAUCAAACCAUGGCAUUUGUUCUCAACCCACAAAUUUGAAUUCGACACCAUUGGGACUGCCAUGGGGAUUGAACUGCGCAGAUAUUUCGGCUAA